CUGCGUCCUAAAUCGCAGCAGAUCCCACAGCCUCGCUAAAAAUGCUAGCCAUAGCAAUCUCCGCCGGACUCUGCACCAAGACCAAGGAGGCGAUAGCAUCAUCUUUCUGGGACACGCCUGCUUCUGAGAUAACGCCAUCCCUUGACUAUUACUUUAAAUACUACGUCAAGCAAUGCGAGCUGAUAGCGCUGCACGAGGGCGGAAGCCACACCUCGCUGGUAGAGCAAAAAGACAUCACGGAAAUCGUUGCAUUGCUGAGGGCACACCACACUCGUGACGAUAUACGGAAAAAGAUAGCGCGUUUGACCAGCGUCUCUACUUCAAAUGGGACGCAGGACUAUUCGAUCGACCUGGCUGCCAGAUUGUUGUUGAUGAUCGAGGUCGGCAAUCUGCCAUGGGCAUACUCGGGAUUCAGACAACUGGAAUGGGACAAGGGCAGUCUGAGGGACUUUAUCACCCAAUAUUUCGAGGAGACACCGGUAUUGGGCCACGACAACAUCAAACUCGAAAAAAUCUUCAAUGCUAGAAGGCUGGGGACAAUCGCAGGCAUGGAAAUCAUCUGGACUUCCAAUCUGGCGGAUCACCUUCGCCUGAUGAAAGACGACAAGGCUGUGGCAGUUUUCCACCAUGCUUCAUUCUUGAAAAGACAGCAGCAGGACAACUCUCUCCUUCCUCAGAAGCUAGUCGACGAGACAUUAGCUACAAUAGCCCUUCUAUUCCCCAAAUGGGAUGUUGACACUCGGUCAUGGUAUAAACAAGAGGCUUCCCUCCGAGGGCUCGACCCUUACCUAAUCGAGAUCGGCCAUCUGGGAGCCGAUAAAAGACGGUUCGAAGGUUUCCACUACUGGCACGACCGCUUGGUGGUGCUGAAGCAGGUCUUUGACGAGUCCAGACCGAGGACUUUGCAGCAGUGGUGGAAUGAUCGAAGGAAUGGGGUUCAGUGGUACACCUUCUGGGUUGCGUUUCUUGUCCUAUUGUUGACCAUUUUCUUUGGCUUGGUUCAAUCUAUCGAGGGGGCGUUGCAAGUGUACAAGGCAUUUCAUCCAUAGCUCCAUCAUGUUCUCAUGUAUCAGAUUCCCCCGGUUCCCCGCGCGACCUGAGCCUCUCGACGCAACAGCAGGGCAACUGUUGG